AAACAAAAUGUCAAUUUUGUAAGUGUUGUCGAUAAAUACAAUGAAUAGAUUUUACAAUAAAAUUUCGUGUCUUAGUAUGAAAACGUGACCAAUUUUUAGUUACCAAUAUCAAAUGGAUAAUUUGGAAGUUGUUAUCGACACCAAAGAGUAGUUGGAAACAUUUUAAACGAGUAUUUCUUAGCGAGCUAAAAAUGUCGAAGAAUGGCGAAGUGACAUCGAAUCAAGGCUCCAGUAGACCGUCAUUACCGAGACCAGAUUUGAAUCUUUUUGGUACAGAAAGACGCAAAGCGUUAGAUCUUCAAAUAAGUGGUGGUCCAUCAGCUGGGGGUAGUCCUGUGUUUACGCCAUUUACUGCAAAUCCAGCAGUAGUUCAACGACCUCGAGUGCCCUCACGUACCAUACGAGAUGUGUUGCCCGAAAAUACUAGAGACAGAUGCAGGAUUUAUCCGUCCAUGCAGUCAUCAGGCAAGUUGCAGCUAUCAGCAACAGAAGUCUAUGAUUUCACAGCCGACGACCUGCAGGAUCUGGGUGAGAUAGGAAGAGGAGCAUUUGGGGCUGUAAAUAAAAUGGAACACAGAAAAACCAACCGUGUAAUGGCUGUGAAACGCAUACGUUCCACAGUGGACGAAAAAGAGCAAAAGCAAUUACUCAUGGAUCUUGAAGUGGUAAUGAAAAGUAAUGAUUGCUUAUACAUUGUAGAGUUUUAUGGAGCCUUGUUUAAAGAAGGUGAUUGCUGGAUUUGCAUGGAAUUAAUGGACACUUCAUUAGACAAAUUUUAUAAGUUCAUUUGUGAGCGGAUGCAAACUCGAAUACCAGAAAACAUUUUAGCUAAAAUAACACUUGCAACAGUCAAAGCUCUAAAUUAUUUAAAGGAAAAGCUAAAAAUUAUUCAUAGAGAUGUGAAACCAUCUAACAUACUGUUAGACCGAAGGGGUAAUAUAAAGUUAUGUGAUUUUGGAAUAUCAGGAAAAUUGGUGGAUUCAAUAGCGCGUACACGCGACGCUGGUUGCAGACCAUAUAUGGCUCCGGAGCGGAUUGACCCAGGUAGAGCACGAGGUUAUGAUGUUCGUUCAGAUGUGUGGUCUCUUGGGAUCACACUAAUGGAAGUGGCGACGGGUGCCUUCCCCUAUCCACGUUGGGGCUCUGUUUUCGAACAGCUGCAACAAGUAGUCCAGGGUGAUCCUCCACGUCUUACAAACACUAAUAAUGCAUUUUCCAACAACUUCGUAAAUUUUGUCAACACAUGCUUGAUCAAAGAAGAGACUCAGCGUCCUAAAUACAACAGACUGUUGGAACACCCAUUCAUCAAAGGUAUCGAACAGAGCCGAGCUGAUGUCGCUGCGUAUGUAUGUGAAGUUCUGGACGCUAUGGAGCGUAAUGGCGUAAGUCCAUUCACAACAGAUCAGCCUGCUCAAGCAUGGGUUGAUUAACUGUUAUAUGAAAAUUUAGAAAGUUUAACCUCGUAAGACCGAAGAGUAAAU